AUGGUAUCUUUAGAGGAGGGCACAAGCCUCAGAGGCUCCAUGUGGGGGCCCCCUCAGGGGGCCCCCAUAUUGCGGCGGCCGCUUGAGGCCCUGCUGAGGUGCCUGGACACUACAUCAGCAGCGGCAGCAGCGGCAGCAGCAGCAGCAGCAGGGAGUGUGUCUCCUUCCUGCAGCAGACAGAAUCGACGACACUUCGAUGCACCCUUAAAGGAGACAUGCGGCCCCGCUGCAGCUGCGCAUGAGUCCCCAAGUAUCAGUAACAAGCAGCAGCAGCAGCAGCAGCAGCAGCAGCAGCAGCAGCAGCAGAAGCAGUGUCAGCCUUUGUUACUGUUCGACGGGUUCGAAGUGCGCGAAGGGAAAUCCCUCCACGUGCUGCAGCUGCAACAGCAGCAGCAGAAGCAGGAAAGGUCCCGUUUUCGCCAGCUGCUGCGCCUCUUCCUGCUGCUUUUGUUAUUUUGCUGCUAUAGCAGCAGCAGCAGCGGCAGCGGCAGCGGCAGCGGAUGUUCCUUCUCAAUAGGUAUGACUGCUGCUGCUGCUGAUCCCCCCAAUACAGGAGGAGCAGCAACAGGGAGACGCUCCCGCCGCAAGUGGCGAGGCCUGCGGCUGCAGUUGCCGCCUCGUCUAGGAGAGCAACAGAGACAGCUCCAGCUGUCUCCUCCCAGCAGCAGCAGCAGCAGCAGCAGCAACAGUAGUAUCUCUGUUGAGUGCCUUGAAAACCAAAGAAACUGCGAGCGAGAUAGACUGCAAGAGUCUGGCGGGUUGGAAGGGAGACCCGCUGCGGCUGCUGCUGCUGCUGCCGCCGCUGCUGCUGCAGAGGUGAAGGAGGUGCUGCGCAAAGUCGCGGAAACGCUGCUGCAAGUGCAGCAGCAGCAGGAGAGGCAGCAGCAGCAGGAACACAAGCAGGAUGAAGAGGGAGGCGAGCUGCAGCUGCAAGACCUGCAGCACGAAGAACUGCAGCAGCAGGGGGAGCUGCAGCUGCAAGAUCUGCAGCACGAAGAUCUGCACCAGCAGGGGGAGCUGCAGCUGCAGGAUCUGCAACACGAAGAGGUGCCGCAGAAGGGAAGGCUGCAGCUAAAGGACCUGAAUCAGGAAGCGGUGCAGCAGCAGAAGGUGCAGCUGCAGGGACUGCAGCAGGUAGAACCGCAGCGGCAGGGACUGCAGCAGCAAGGACUGCAGCAGAAGAAACAGGAACAACAGCAACAGAAACAGGAACAGGAACAGCAGAAACAGAGACAGGAACAGGGAAAGCUGCAGCAGAAACAGGAACAGCAGCAGCAACAGAAACAGGAACAGCAACAGCAGAAACAGGAACAGGAACAGCAGGAGCGAAAACAGGGACAGGAACAGCUGCAGCAAAAACAGGAACAGCAGCAGCAAAAACAGGCACAGCAGCAGCAGCAGGAACUGGGACAGGAGCAGCAAAGCAGCAGUGCCUUGAACGAGCCUGCUAAUGCUGCAGCAGCAGGCGGAAAGCCGUCGAUUUCUGGGACUUUGUCCGUCUUGACGGCUGAGUUGCAUAGUUCAUUAACGCAACUAAGGGGAGAAUUAUCGCAUUUGCUUGCUGCAGCAGACGCUGCUGCUGCUGCUGCUGCAGCAGAAGCUGGAGCGGCAGCAGCAACUUCGCCUGCUGCUGCAGCAGAUGCUGCAGUAGCAGGCGGGGCAGUAACAGGCGCAGGCAUUUAUUAA